AUGCCUACUACAGUCAGCGAUAUUAGUGCAGAGGCGGAGCGGGUAACCGGCCAAAAGCCGCUCACGACCAAGCUCUCUAACCACCAUAUCGAAGCAGACUCUGUUACAGCGGUUAUAGCUUUCCCAGGGAAGCUCCGCUAUGCGCUUCAGCUCAUCGGCGCCUCCGGCCUUUCUAUGCUUACUCGCCCAAAGCAAUGGCCGCUACAGUGUACCCGCUGCCACAGCUUCCAUGACACGCGGGCCUGCCGCUCUAGCGAACGCUACGUCUCCUACGGAUCGUCCAAGCCGGAAAAUACCUGCCAUGCGCAAUUCAUUAACUGCCACGGACCGCAUGCUGCGGACUACCCAAAAUGCCCCGCUAGGCCCUACACACAGAAAGAGGCUAUCAUCCGCCUCUCGAAAGCCGCCUUAUCUGCCGUUCGUAAGGGCGGUCGGAUCGCCUUCCAGCAACAACAAGCUAGACACACCUCUGACCAACGAGCGACUAACCCGGAUCUUCUCUAUCAACCGUCAAGCCAGCUCUCCCCCCACGCAGAUCUAUGA